CCUGCGUGCGCCUUUCAUGCAAGCGCCAAGAUGGCACAUGUCGCCGCCUGCCCAAACUCUUUAGUAAACACGAACGAGUGCGUCGAACUACGAACUGCGCUCUGGUCGUGCUGCGGUCUCGGAGGCUACCACCACAUUGCGCCGGCCGCCUUGUGGCUCGUCUUUCUAAGUCUCACGGUGUGUGCGCAGUACGAAUUCAACCUCUUCCACGACCUCGACAGCACCGCCGACGAGCUCCACGAUAUUCAGACCCAAGCGCUCGGCGUCGUCGUCGCGCGUCGGAAGCGCGUCAUCUUUGGCAAGAUGUACCGCGACCCGCGACGGCUGCUCAUGCUCGGGGCCAUGUGGAGUGAACUCUUUGGCUUUAGCUACAUGCCCGGCCAGCUCAUCAUCUACCAGCUCACGCAGUCGGACGUGUCGGGUCUCGUGUCGGGUCCAGUCCAGUUUGGCUUUUUUGCUGUCUUUUCCAGCUUGCUCUACCUCCUCGAGGGACCGCUGGGCGCGCGAUGGCUGCGCAAGUGCCACCUCAUCUGCGCCUUGACCGUCGUUACCGUCGAGAAGGCGCUGCUCAGUCUCGACAUGUGGCUCGUCGCAAUGCUCUUUGGACUUUUGAAUAUGGUUCAUUUUGGCGCGCUGCUUCGCUACAACUACAAGUGCCAGCCGUGCUUGGGCGUCGGACUCGUGCCCAACAACUUGCGUGCACUGUCGUUCGCUACGUCGUGCUACACGACACUUGUGCUCCUUAUGAUUUCAAUGCUGCAAAUCUCUCGACAUCAUGCAGUGGCUGGUACAUCCGAGUGGAUUGUCUUCUUUGUCGCCACCGGACUCUACCCGGUGUUUGCAGUCACCGUGUGGCGCUGGAACGGUCGCCGCGCAGUUCUUUUUCAAGUGCCCAAUCUGAGCCUCCUUGAUGCGCUACAGCACGAGGCUGACCGCGUCCGCGCUAUCGCGGCGGUGACCGUCACACUCGAGACCACGGAUCGCGACGCCGACACAGUUCGCGCUAUUCUACUGGCGCUGGAUGGCAGUUUAUGGCGAUCCGAGGCGGUUUUUGCACCGGUGUAUGCGUGCCAAGCCAUGUGGUUUCUCUGGUACUCGAAUUUUGAUCUGAGCGACCGCGUCUCAGAGGCUGGUGCUGCCACGUAUAUGCCGUUUGGGUGCUGGGUGCGCUUGUCGCCGGCUCGGACCAGUACUGGCGGCGCGGUCAGCAUCCGGGCGGCUCAGUGUUACUGCUGGCCGUCCGAGCGGUUCCACUACUUUUCUAGUCGCGCCCGCCGAUUUGAGCCGACGCUCGUCGAGAAGGCAACGGACCUCAACCACACCGUGUGCAUGACAACUCGGAUCGCGGACGACCCAGCGAUUCGACCUUGCUUUGAGCAUGCUGUGACAAAGCUCGCGGAGCUUUGCAAGAGCCAUUGCCGACGCAACCGGCUGCUCGCAAGCAAAGUGCUCCAGGAAAUGUACCAAGCGAGCGUCGUGCUCGUGAGUGCAACCACCUUUCUGCACAUGACUACAACCCUCACGAUCACCCCGACCCAUGCCAAAGCCAUGUCGGCGCUUCGGACCCUCGUACGAUUUGCAAACGAACGCGACGCGAUCUGGACGGCCCAUCAAUUUGCCGACACCGUGACGCUGCGUGUCCUCAUCGACGCGCUGGUCAUGCACGUUGAUGACGCAGACUUUGUUGCGACGCUGCUAACGUUUCUGAUUGAUCGUCUCGAGACGCUUUCAAGCCUCGGCACCACCGCGCCGAGUGCUGAAACGUACUUGGAUCGGGCCAUGGUCACUACAUUACUCGAGCUGUUUCUCGACUUGACGUCCGGCGCCACGCAGGCGCUCAUCGACGACCUCUUGACGACGAUGCAAGAUGUCUGGGACACCCGUCCAUCCAGGCCACCGCGCGUAUUACGUCAGCUCUCCAAGACGCGCGUCAUACCGACGGCCAUCACGCGGCUGUCGGACUCGUCGCAUGCGCUUCUGAGUCUUUCGCAGCUCAAGGUCAUCAAAGACCGCCAGCGUGCACGCAUGGAUGUGUGGGCCGCUGUCAACACGGUAAUCGCCGAAGGCUUUUCGACGCAGCUACCACUUGCAGCGCUCGCGCCACCGACGCAGUCGAUUGUGGCGUCGAUUCUCGUGCUCGUGAGCACGCGAAGUGACUUGCUCUCGUACAUGGAGAGCCGCAUAACAACACCCGAGUACUGGUACCUCUGCGAUCUGGUCGGGAAACCUCGACCACGGAUCGCGAUCGAAUCGACGCGCUGCGCUGAGGGGCCUUAA